AUGAGGAGAACAUCAGUCUCGUUGCCUACUAAGCAGACCCGACCCGACCCUCACGAGAAAGCUGCACGAUACGACUCGGGCCACCGAGAACCCGGCAUCCUGGAGAAGAUACAAGCCGCCACCAUGAAUCAGGCCCAGAAGACGCGUUGGCUCAAGACUACCGCCAUCGUCGUCUUCCUGGUGUUCCUGUUCUAUUACCUGUCGCCGACGGGCGUGGAUCUCGUUAGAGAAGCAUCCCACUCCCGUGGCGGCGGCCAGGUGCCCUCCGACUCGUCAUACGGAACCGACAAGUGCACGAGGUCCUACUCGAAGGACAAGCCCAUCGUCCAGUAUGUCCUCAUGAUUGAUGCCGGGAGCACCGGAUCUCGUAUCCACGUCUACAAGUUCAACAAUUGCGGCGCGACCCCAGAGUUAGAGAAUGAGGAGUUUAAGAUGACCGACAAGAGUGUCGGUGGUCUUAGUAAGUAUAAGGACGACCCCAUCGGUGCCGCAAAAACGUUGGACGAUCUGAUGGCCGUGGCUAUGCGCACCGUUCCCGACAAGCUGAAGCCGUGCAGCCCGAUCGCCGUGAAAGCCACCGCUGGUUUGCGAAUGAUUGGUCAGGAGGCUAGCACGAAGAUCCUCGACGCCGUCCGAGAGCAUCUGGAAAAGGACUACCCCUUCCCUGUCGUCUCCAAGGAAGAGAACGGUGUCGCGAUUAUGGAUGGCUCUGACGAGGGCGUCUAUGCUUGGAUCACCACCAACUACCUCCUCGGCAAGAUUGGCGGCCCCGACCAGAGCCCUACCGCCGCCAUCCUCGACCUCGGCGGCGGCUCUACCCAGAUCGUCUUCGAGCCCACCUUCAAGGAUCUUGCCUCUGGUGGGAUGCCGGAGAAGCUGGCCGAGGGCGACCACAAGUAUGAGCUCUCCUUCGGCGGACGAAAGUUCGAGCUCUACCAACACUCUCACCUCGGCUACGGCUUGAUGGCUGCCCGGAACUCGAUCCACCAGACCUUGCUCCACGAUAUCUACUCGACCGAGAAGGACAAGUCCUUCCUAGACAAGCCUAUUCAUAACCACCCUUGCAUCAACGCCGGCCAGAAAGAGACGGUCGAGGUCAAGCUCGAUGCGGAUAGCCCGUUGGGAUCUGGCCGUGUGCAGCUUAACGUGUCUGGCCCGGCCACCCCCGCCCCGGCACAGUGCCGCAACUUAGCGGAGCGGAUUCUGUUCAAGGACGCCGAGUGCAAGCUGGCGCCGUGCUCGUUCAACGGCGUGCACCAGCCGUCGAUGGCCAAGACCUUCGCGACCGAGGACGUCUACAUCUUCUCCUUCUUCUACGACCGCACGAAGCCGCUCGGGAUGCCCGACUCGUUCACCCUGCGCGAAUUGCACGACCUCACUCACUCUGUGUGCGGCGGCGAGCAGUCGUGGGACGCGUUCAGCACGGUCCCGGAUGCCCUCGCCGAGCUGCGCGACCGCGGCCAGUGGUGCCUCGACCUCAGCUUCAUGAUUGGCCUCCUCCACACGGGCUACGAUAUGCCCAUCGACAGGGAGGUCAAGAUCGCCAAGAAGAUCAAGGGCAACGAGCUGGGCUGGUGCCUGGGAGCUAGUCUUCCCCUACUUUCCAAGAACUCCGGCUGGUCUUGUAAGAUCAGCCAGACUUACUAA